AACAAAAGGAAAUUCGAUGCCCGUCUAAUCGAAGCGUGUUCUGGUGAAAACAAUGGAACUCUUAGUGGCCGAAAUGGCUAUAAAAGCCAAGUCCAAAUUAGCCAGCUGUCAGUUGGUGUACUAAAGUGUGACCAGAAGUAUCGAAACGAAACAAAAAAAUAAAAUGCCUUGGACAACUUUGGUACUGGCCACCAUUUUGUUUAGUGUUAUCUGUGGCAAUCGUUUGAUGGACAAACAUUUGAUACGUAGCAUAACAGGACACUCUGGCUCUAGCUCAUCGUCGGUGCUUUCGGCACCAGGAAUUUAUGCCGAUUCCAGGGAUUCCUAUAAGCCGCCAUCAAUCUCAAAUAAUGUCAACGACUUUUUGGAUUUCGCACCUAAAUUCCACGAUGACUCACUGGGCAAACCUCUGCAAUAUCAAAGCAAAUCAAAUUGCCAGGAUCAAUGGUUGGAUUUUUUAAAACCUGAACGGGAUUUUGUCAACUGUGAAAAUGAACGUCUACAGGAGGAAUUGUAUUCCGACAAAGAUUUGAAUGAAAAUAUGCCCAUAUUUAAAGAGGUUCCCUCCCCGUUUAAAUCUCAAGGUCAUAAUAUUUUCGACGAACCGGCGAAUGCCAUGGAUUUGGAAGGUGAGGGUCUGUCUAGUGAUUUUUUGGCUCCCAAAUUAUCAGCCUUGCCAGUGGCCAAUUUCGAGGAUUUCUAUAAUGACCUGGUUGCGGAUUCGAACAAAGAAAUGGAUAUGAAGCGAAAUGGUAAUGCCAUUGGCACACCUUUGGGUACACCACCCGCCCGGGGUUGUGAUUGUAAAAUUAAGAACGAUUUAGUGGACUUGGGCCAACAGCACUUUCCACGCUAUCUCCUCAACGCCGUGUGUCAAACCGAUGAACUGGCAGCCAAAUGUUGGAGUGGUUCCGUCUGCCGUCCCUUGGAAUAUAAAGUGAAGGUGUUGACCUUUCGCACUCUUAUGGAUAAUAUGCAAAAGGACCUAACUCUCGCCUGGCUACCCGAUGAUUUACGACAGAUAUGGAAAUUCAAAACUGUGACGGUGACAGCCGGUUGUUUCUGUUCUUAGGCGAUAAAAACGAAAACCACUGGACACGACACGACCUCAAUGGAUGAACAACAAAAUAAAUAGAAAUUAAAAAUUGAUUUAUUUUAAAACUGAAUUAAUUUUUGUUUAUUUUGUUUUCAAAAAAAAAAAAAAAAAAAAAUACGGCAACGAUUUAAUGGAUUCGCACACAAAUCUUCUGCGGGAGGGGGAGAUCAACACUUAUAUUCUACUACACUGAAAUGUGGAAAAUUUUAAAAAGAAAAAAUUAAAAAAAAAAAAUAUGAAUAAAA